UUGUGAAUGAUACUCAAUUUGAUGUUCUUUCUUUGUCCUUGCUUCUUGCUCAGAGAUUAGGAACGCUUAAUCCAAUGGACGCUUCUAAGAUCCGUCAAUUGGAGCUCUUCAUUGAGCAGUGCAAGUCUAAUCCUUCAAUCCUCAGCGAUCCUUCUCUCUUUUUUUUCCGCGAUUAUCUCGAAAGUCUCGGCGCUAAGCUCCCUUCUUCUGCUUACUCCAAUGCGAGGAGUGAAGAUAGCGAUGAUGACGUUGAAGAUGUUGCGGGCGGACAAAGCAAGGUGGAGGAAGAGGAAGAGGAAGACGAGAUAAUCGAAUCCGAUAUUGAGCUGGAGGGUGAAACCGUUGAGCCAGAUAAUGAUCCUCCACAAAAGAUGGGAGAUCCCUCUGUCGAGGUGACUGAAGAGAGUCGUGAUGCUUCCCAAGCAGCCAAAGCUAAAGCUGUUGAGGCCAUUUCAGAUGGUAAGUUGGAAGAGGCAAUUGAUAAUUUGACGGAGGCAAUUACACUCAACCCUACCUCCGCCAUUAUGUAUGCUACCAGAGCUACGGUUUACAUCAAAAUGAAGAAACCUAAUGCUGCAAUCCGAGAUGCAAAUGCGGCUUUGGAGAUUAAUCCUGAUUCUGCUAAAGGCUAUAAGUCUCGAGGUAUUGCCCGAGCAAUGCUUGGUCAGUGGGAAGAAGCUGCACAGGAUCUUCACCUGGCUUCGAAGUUAGAUUAUGAUGAGGAAAUAAAUGCUGUACUAAAGAAGGUGGAGCCAAAUGCUCACAAGAUUGAGGAGCAUCGUCGGAAAUAUGACAGGCUGAGGAAGGAAAGAGAGGAUAAAAAACAUGAGCGUGAGAGACAGCGCCGCCGUGCUGAAGCUCAGGCUGCAUAUGAGAAGGCUAAGAAGCAAGAGCAAUCAUCUUCCAGCAGAAAUCCUGGAGGCAUGCCGGAGGGCUUUCCAGCUGGCAUGGGGGGAGGUUUUCCUGGAGGCAUGCCAGGAGUGGGAGGCUUUCCUGGAGCUGGAGGCAUGCCUGGAGGCUUCCCUGGUGGCAUGCCAGGAGGGGUGCCUGGAAAUGUUGAUUUUAGCAAAAUCUUGAAUGAUCCGGAGCUGAUGGGGGCUUUUAGUGAUCCGGAGGUCAUGGCUGCUUUACAAGAUGUCAUGAAGAACCCAGCCAAUUUGGCAAAGCAUCAGGCAAAUCCCAAGGUGGCUCCAGUAAUUGCAAAAAUGAUGAACAAAUUUGGAGGCCCUAAGUAAACAAACAAUUUGGCGGAACUGGUGACUAUUUCAGGCUUGUGACGAUACAGAAUGUUUGUUUUUUCUCCCCCGCUAUUUUUCGUUUGAAGCUGUGUUAGAUUUUGUUCGAAGCUUUCCUUUGUCUGUCUGUAGCCAAUGUUUUCCUCUCAUCUAUUCGGUUUUCCAAUCUCUUGGACUGUCGAUUAAAGAUGUAAGUUAACUUCCUUUUGUUACCUGGACUGAACUUUUGCUUGUCACAAUAAAAAAAAAAAAAAAGUACUUUCAUUCCAAA